UCGCAGCAGGUUGCAGUUUAACAAUUCUGUCAAAGAAGCAGCUGAACUAACUACAUUAUAUAGUGGAUAUCAAUGUUUGUAUUUAGUGCAAAGUGCUUUACAAACUCUACAAAUUAAAGCUUCAACUUGCAGGGAGACUUCCCCGGUCGCCCGUCUUGAUGCUGGCGUUGCUGUGGACGGUGCAGACGAUGGACGCCUGUCCGGAUUCCUGUAAAUGCUCCAGGAAGUCCGGGCCGGAAAAGUCUGAAGUCAACUGUCAUAAGAAGGGUCUCCGUGUCUUUCCCUCCCAGCUGCCCAGUGACGCCUGGAUCAUUCAGCUGGGGGAGAACGGCAUCACCGACCUGAAGCCUCACACUCUGAGAUCAGUCCCAAAGAUCGAGAGUCUCAACCUGGAGCGAAACGCCAUCAAGUCCAUCCAUCCUGGAGCGCUGGCCGGAGCCGAGCAGCUGAUGCUCCUCAAUCUUUUCGGGAACCACAUCUCCAGCCUUCCGCCCCGAGGCUUCCAGGAGCUUCUGAACCUGCGCUUCCUCAUGCUGGGCCAGAACCAGAUCGGCACUUUGAGACCGGAGAUGUUCAGCGGCAUGAGGAACCUGUCGGACCUGGACCUCCCUCUCAACGCGCUCACCCUGCUCCCCUCCAACGCCUUCAAGCCGCUGAUCGCCCUCAAAGUGCUGGACCUGUCGCUGAAUCGCAUCCAGAAGAUCUCUCCGAAGGCCUUCGCCGGCCUCAGACAGCUCCUCUUCCUCAACCUGGACAACAACAGCCUGAAGACUCUUCCCGCCGGCGUCUUCAGGCCGCUGCGCUCUUUGGAGAUGUUGGUUCUGGACAACAACUUCCUGUCCACGCUGACGGCGUCGGCUCUGGAGGGUCUGAUCAACCUGCAGGAGCUCUACGUGAGGAACAACCAGCUGGAGCUGCUUCCUGCUGACGUCUUCUCCAACAUGCCCAGACUGUCUCAGCUGGCGCUCAGCGGGAACCGCCUCAAGACCCUGGACGGGACCGUGUUGGUGAAGAUGCCCGGGCUGAAGAAGCUCGACCUCCACGACAACCCCUGGCACUGCGACUGCCAGCUGGCCUCCCUGGUGCAGUGGAUGGGGCGGACCGCAGCCACGCUGUCUCCGCGGGACGCCGUCAAGUGCGUCAGUCCCCCGCAGCUCCGGCGCAGGAGCCUGGGCGGCCUGCAGGAGGACGCGCUGGUCUGUUAGACCGAGGCCUCCACAUCUGGACCAAGAGCGCAGACUACUGGACUUCUCUGUUCACUACAUUUGGUUCAUCUCUUCUAAACCUCGUCGGGUAACAGACUCCAAGGUUUUGUCCCCCAGCAGCAUAGAAGGGAACUCGUCCUUCAUGUGACCAGAGGCAGUUAGCUCCUUUAACCUGCUAACAGCUGCACGUCUCUGACAGGAAACAUGGCUGACAGAAGGCAGAGUGUGGCGUGGGCGUCUUCCUCUGCCGUAGAUAAAACCGGAGCAAACAGGAACAACACCACAGCAACACGAGCAGGAUGUUUCAAACAGCUGGAGACUGAACAUCCUGAGGCUCACCUGGAAGCAGAGAGGGAGGCGGACGUGCAUCAGCUGGAGACUGUAGGCAGCCCGGUCUGAGACAGUCUCCACUGGAAAACAACUCAUA